UACUGUACAAGUAACAUUACUUUUGUUCAGUUAAUUAAUAAUGGAUGACAUUGAAAAAUCGCCCACGAGGCCAGGCAGAAGUAUUGAUUUGUCCAAUUCGGAGCAAAUUUCAUUGUUUAAUACAACUUUAGAGAGGGCUUUAGACAGACAGCGUGAUAUCAUUUUGGACCAAAUUGAAGCUAGAAUUGGGACACCAGCAAAGAAAUCGCCGGCCGAUAAAUUCCAGUUCAAAAGUGAAGGUUUGCAAAUUCAGUUUGAUUUUAACGUUGAUAGAAUAGACACUUUGCAAAAAAUUGACAAUUUCUGCAAUCUACGUAGCUUCGAUUCUAUUCAAGAACUGGUCAAACAAGACAUUAAAGACAUUCAGCAUCGUAAUAAGUUGCUAAAGAUAGCCGACAAGCAUGGUUGGCUUACUGUUAAAGAGUAUGAUGCCAGUCCACUGGCCGAUAACGAUGAUGAUGCUACUAAACUGCGCGGGGCCAUCACACGUGCUACCCAGGCGCGUAGGUAUUCUCCUUACGCCCAGUCAGGGUCGAGACAGCAGCGACAGUUCUCAUCUGAGCAGCCUUUUCAACCGCCUACUUAUAAACAGCAGUCCUUUCGUUGGUUUACGCCAGGAAAUGCGACAGUUAUGCCAAGGGGUUAUGUCGGAGGUUCGAGCCAGCAACAGCGAUUCCCGCUCGGGUCUUGUUUCAUCUGUCACCUCGGAGGACAUUACGCCAAAGCCUGCCCUUACGUCCAGAGGAGUACAGUUCCUCCCCGGUUCUCAGGCUACGACGGUCACCCAAGGUCAUCAAGUACAGCCGGAAGUGAGCCGGAUAAGUAAUACAUUUCCUCGCAACGGGGUUUGGAGUGAUGUAUUGGACUUUGCCUGUAAUCCUUGUUUAUGUGCAGCCGUUCACCAGUUACCGGACAUAGUGCGAUCCUCAAAAUCCAAGAACACAAACAAAAAGUAUGAUCAAUAUUUUGUGAAGUUUACAGAGUGGUGUAAGUGUCAUUCUCUUGAAUCGUUACCAGCCAAUGUAUCUACAGUGUGUAUUUUCUUUAGUGAUUUAUUCUCUAAGAAAGUUAGUAGUGCUGUUCUAGAUUCUUAUUUCUAUGCUAUUAAAUGGAAACACGAGUUCCAUUUGUUUGAUAACCCAUGUGACCACAGACUUGUGAAGCUGACGUACGAUGGUUGUAGGAAGGAACUCUCGUGUCAAUCAAAGAAAAAUCAACCGAUUAACAUUGACAUUUUACAAAGAAUUAUCGAUGUGUACUCUGUAAAUGAUGUUAUGAAUUUAAAAAAAAUUAAGAUUGUGUUUGAUUUGUAUUCUUGGAUUUUCAGGAUUUUUACGUUACAGUGAAAUUUCAUUGAUUCAAAUGUCAGACAUACACUUUAAUGA